AUGGCUUGUCCGGCACCAUCCACUCCAAUCCCACCUCCACCUCCCCCGAUGCCACCAGCCCAACUACCCCUUCAUCAGGCAUCUUUUCCCGCAAACGAGUCCGAUUCGGAAGCUCUCGAGCUACCAUUCAAAGCUCACGGCAGCACCAAAGAGAAUACAGAGUAUGAAUUCCCCAAGCUGUCGGAGAAUACGGGGAGUGUAUCCCUUCGUGCUGUGAUCGGCCAGUACCUGGGUAGUCCCAACUCACGAAGAACAACCGCCCGUCAGCUCUUCCAUAUCCUCGGCCGCCUCCGUUGUCUACGCCGUGCUCUCGAGGCGUACAAUUCCGGACUGCCCUCGCAGUCAGCAGAGUUCGUUCAAUACUGGCGCCAUCACACGGUCAGCCUGCUCUCGGGCUUCGGGUUCCGACCGGCGUCCAGCAUUGAUCCAGCCCCGUUGACGGUGACCGGACUGCCUGAAUUGAUCUGUCACGUCGAGACACUGUUCGCGCAGGACAUUGCAGAGGCGCAGGAGCUGCUGCAGACCGGAUUUGUAUCUUUUGAUGGCCUGGGUGAGCUAUUUCGCCCGGACAACCCGGUCAAAGCGACGACUGGGAUUGGGAAUCAGCCGCCUGUCUUCCGCGUGCUCGACUCGUUCUACCAGGAGCGACGAAACGUCCACGGGACGCAGAGGCUCUUCCAUGUCAACCUGGAAGUCGUCGUGCCGGUGGGCGAUCACUUCUCCGUCGCCGCCUUCUCCGAAGUCAUCCCUGCCUGGGGCGGCGCGCGAGUCAAGAAACUGAGCGAGUUCGCGUACCAGCCUGUCACGCCGCAGGAGAAUGAGUACUUCCAGACCCGUGGGGACCGCUGCGCCGAGCUGGGAACCGGCAGCGACAAGUACCUGGCCUAUUCGGCGCAUUCGUUCUUUAUGCACGGUAGUCGUCCUCGCGGUACGGCGUCCAUGGCACAGGGCACGAACAGCUCGGUCUCGCUCACAGGCGGGAGGAUCAUGGUUGAUAUGGCGCGCGGGGCAUCGCUCGGCCAUUACCCCUGUCAGGGCGUUGAUGAGGUCUCGUUGGCAAUCAUCAGUCUAUCCCGGCGGUAUCAGGCAUGGGUCACGAAGCGGUCCAGCGCCGCGUCUGACGCGGACACCGAGCUCCUCACAGUCUGGAAGACCGUCCCAUACACGAUGAAGAUCUACUGCUGGCCGUACCUGGUUGGGUUCAGCUUUACCGCCAAAGCCUGGGGCCACGUUGCAAUCGGAGGUCUAUCCCGCAUCGCCUUCGCAGAAGACGCAUUCAACCUUCUCGUCCUCCCACCAGAGCGCAAGCAGCUUCUCCACGCGGUCGUGCGGCACGGCACGGCGCCACAAGCACAACCCCCCGACCUCAUCACCAGCAAGCAGGGCGGGCUGAUCUUCCUCCUCCACGGCCCCCCAGGCGUAGGCAAGACCCUAACCGCCGAAGCCGUGGCUGAAGUCCUCCACCGUCCCGUGUACCACAUCACAAUGGGCGAGCUGGGGUUAACCCCCGACGAGCUCGAGUCCCGGCUCAGCGACGUCCUCGCGCUCUGCAGCAAGUGGAACGCCAUCGCGAUCCUCGACGAGGCAGACGUGUUCCUCGAGACGCGGAGCACGUCGGAUUUCGUCCGCAACGCCAUGGUCUGCGUCAUGCUGCGCAUCCUCGAGUACCACCCCGGCAUCCUGUUUCUGACGACGAACCGCGUGCGCAGUUUGGAUCCGGCGUUUGAGAGUCGGAUUACGGUUGCGAUGCGGUAUGAGGGGCUUGAUAGGGGGGCGAGGAGGGAAGUGUGGCGGAAUCAGCUGGGUGGGAUUGCGGUCGCUGAGGAUAUUGAUUGCGAGGCCCUUGCUGAGAGGGUGUUGAAUGGGCGCCAGAUUAAGAAUGCGGUGAGGUUGGCGCUGUGUUUGGCUGCUGAGAAGGGGGAAGUGCUCUCGCAGGGAACGCUGCUGGAGACGUUGGAGAUCACGGCGUUUGCGAGGCGGAAUAUGGGGGCUGACAAUGGGUGGGAGGAUAGUUUGAACUCUUGA